AUGGGGGAGGUGAUUAGGUAUUGUUAUGAUAAUGCGGUUGAUAAAGAGACCUUCACCGAUGCUGUGUAUAUGGAGUGUUUGAAGCGGGACAAAGUCAACGAUAUGCUGAAGGCCAUGGGAGAUAUGGACGGUACCUUGGAAAUGUGGUCGGAAUACAUAAUGCAUAUAUGCCGCACGCUAGAGAUGAGCAAACGCCUCGACGCACUAUACGCACUGCAGUGCGGAAGCGGUCAACAUGCGCGUGCGUCGGCCUCGUGCGCACUUCUUUACUCACGACCCGUGCACACUGGUCAGACGUUUUCUACCUUAUUGGCAAGGCAGCAUCACCUCACGGCCGCGAUACAUCAUUUAGGACAGUGUGUACCUGUCGCUAACAGAAUUAACGACCCGAAAUCAAUCCAGUUCUACUUGGAUAGAAAUACUAUAGACAAUCUUAUGACUACAUUUACAAGACAAAUCGAGUUAUCUAAGUAUCUAGCGAACUGUGAAGCAGCUAACAGACUAAACGACAAGAUGUUGCAUGACAUCAUCCCGAUGAAUGCGCGCGCCGCAGAAACUACAGACCGUCGACCAUUGACACUGUUUGGCUCUAAUACAGAUAAGAUAAAACUGAUAGCUGUGGUGCUUGCGACUGGACAGUCGGUUGAGAGCGGGUUUGAAUUGGCUUUUAAAAUAAUAACUGAACACAAAUUGGACUCUAUGAAUAUAUACAGUCACGUGGCGAGGUAUCUAGUAAGCAAAGACAGGUUUAUGGAAGUCAAGACAUUGGCUAAGUGCAUACGGUCAUCUAAAGAGACUGCUGCAAAUCUGAUGAGUGACCAGGUGUUGGAAGCGGGGGUGUCAGCUGUAGUACGACGUUGUGAAGCCCGUGGACAACUGUAUGACGAACAAGCAGAGAUACUUAUCGCGGAUAUACACAGCGUCACUAUAAAGAUUUCCUGUUACCUGAUCUGCCAUAAUGUCAGCAACGCAUAUAUACUUGCGGCCCGAAACGACCGCACUAACGAUCUGCGGAGGGUUUUGCAAGAAGCCGAGCGAAUUGGAAACGAUCAAGUGCGAAAUGCUUGCUUGAAACGACUCACUACUAAAAAUGCUAAAUCAUAA